AAGGCUCUAGGCUUUGGUUCUUCUUUCUUCAGUUCAGCAUCUAGUCUCAUAUCCUCUGUAGUCCAGGACGAAUCCUCCAAAACACCGCCAACACCUCGUAAAGGAUCAGCAGUUUCCCAGACAUCUGUAAAGUCUACAACACCACCCUCAUCUCGUAAAGGUUCAUCGGUUUCACAGACCUCUCUCAAAACCACGGCUGUACUAUCAACAGGCACGCUACAACCAUCUACAGCACUUCAGGACUCUACAAGUGUGCUGCAGGCUCCAGAAAGUAAACCACUUUCUCAUAAACUAAUGGAGGGCAAGCAAACUGUCCCAACUCAACCUUUUAAACCACCAACUGCAGAUACAACGGUGGAUACUUCACCGUCACAGCCAAGAACAAAUGCUAAGUCACCCAAAUCUGUCCCUAAAGAAUGCCCACUUUGCAAGGUAGAGCUCAAGAAUGAUCCUCCUAACUUUAACACCUGUACUGAAUGCAAGGCUAUUGUAUGUAACCUCUGUGGGUUCAAUCCUACUCCUCAUAAGACUGAGGUAAAGGAAUGGCUUUGCUUGACCUGUCAGAUGCAACGAGCAUCCACAUCUUCUCAUGUAGAGCCUCAAGAACAAGCAAAGAAAGUACCACCUGUCCCCAAAAAGGAGGCACCUCCAGUGUCUCUACAAAAGAAAGAAAAUCCAGAUGAUGCCACUAACACUGGUCAGAAAACUGCUUUAGGUAAAAAGGAACCCACUGACACUCCAACAAAACAGCCCAGUCAGCAGAUGAAGUCUGGUAGGCCUCAAGAAAAAGAACCAGCACCACCACCAAAAGCUGAACAUCCUCAAGAUGAGUCUGGAUUUUUUGGUUUUGGCUUUGGUGGGGCUCGAUCCAGAUCUCCUUCACCUCAGCCUCCAGUUUCUGCUGUGUCUGGGAAAGUUUUAGGCUUUGGCUCUUCCUUCCUUAGCACGGCCUCUAAUCUAAUAUCAUCAGCUAUUCAGGAUGAACCUUCCACAGCACCACCAACCUCCCGCAAAGGUUCAUCAAUUUCUGAAACCACAUCUCCGGCAAGCUCACGUAAAGGCUCUUCAGUGUCAGUCAAAAGCAACGCAACACCACCAAGUUCUCGAAAGGGUUCUGAGGCCAUACACGAUUCCCAAAAAGCCCAACCUACUAAAGAUACUAAACCAUCAAUUUCACAGAAACAAGAUGAAAAGAAACUAGAGAACAAGCCAUUAAUUCAGCAGACUAAGGAGUUAUCAAAUAAUGUGAAAGAUGAUAAAUUAGUGACACCAAAGGCUUUGUCUGAACCUCUCCACAAAUUAUGUCCACUUUGCAAAGAAGACCUUAAGAGAGAUCAAUACAACAGCUGCACUGAAUGCAAAAAUACUGUAUGUAACUUGUGUGGGUUCAACCCUACGCCACAUGAAAGUAAGGUAAAAUGGCUUUGUUUGGCCUGUCAGAUGCAGAAACCAACAGAACCUACCCCUUUGCAUCCUCAACCACCAACUAAGGAAGUUGCACCACCUGAAAUAAAUAAUCUGUACACUUCACAGAAAAAGCCAGCGUCUAUUCAAAGGAAAUCAGAAGCAGAACAGGAAAACAACAAGCAAACUUUAACAAAAACUGAUCAACCAACUGAAAAAGAAAUGAUACAACCUCAUCAGGUUGCACUUUCAGAAUCUCAAAAAACAGAGCCCCAAAACAAAUCUGCUUUUUUCGGGUUUGGUUUUGGUGGAGCUAGAUCUCGAUCACCAUCUCCUGCUGGCUCUGCUGUUUCAGGGAAGGUUCUAGGAUUUGGCUCCUCCAUUAUAAACUCAGCAUCCAAUCUAAUUUCAUCAGCUGUUCAAGAUGAAUCCUCUACAACACCAUCUGGUUCUCGCAAGGCUUCGGUGGUGUCUCAAAUGUCCGAUAAGACACCACCAACUUCUCGCAAAGGUUCUGCAGUUUCACAGACAUCUGUCAAAACAACUCAUCCAACCUCACAGAAUGUUUCAGAGGCUGCACUGAACACUAAAGGCAUUCAAUAUACAAAUGAGACAAAACCUGAAUUUGAAUUUGCAGAGAAGAAAGAAGAAACAACUGUUGAAAGACAAGUCAAAGGAAGUACAACAGAUCAACUUAUUAAAAAUGUGGGUGUUAAAGAAGAUCAAAGCAAGCAAGAUGGAGCUGCUCAUGUUUCAUCUGAAUCUCAUGAAGAGUCUGGCUUUUUUGGAUUUGGUACAUCUCAGUCUCCCUUACAUCUUCCUACUGCGUCCGCUGUUUCUGGCAAAGUUUUAGGAUUUGGGUCUUCUAUUUUUAGCUCAGCAAGUAAUCUCAUCUCAACAGCUCCGGGCGAAACUACUACAACACCACCUACUUCCCGCAAAGGUUCAGUAUCCUCUCAGUUAUCUUCUAAGUCUUCUCCACCACCUUCUCGUAAAGGCUCAUCAGUUUCUCAGACGUCAGACAAGAUCACUACCCCACCUUCCUCACGGAAAGGAUCUGUAAUUUCUCAGACAUCCAUCAAGACAAACACACCUCUUACUUCUCGAAAGGAAUCCAAAGCUAUUGAGGUCUCUCCUAAAACACAGUUUUCAGAUGACAAAACAGUACAUCCUGUAAAUAUACAAGAAAAGGUAAAAACAGAAGAUAAAAAAUCUGAAGUCAGUCAGACUCAACCAACCACUCCAUUAGUUAUAAAAGAUACGCCACCUAAAGCAACAAAGACAGAGUCUACAAAAUCCCUUCCCGAAACCUGUCCACUAUGUAUGGUCGAUUUGAAGAAGGAUCCUCCCAAUUAUGAUACUUGUACUGAGUGCAAAAAUACUGUGUGUAAUCUAUGUGGCUUUAACCCCAUGCCCAAUCAGGCAGAGAAAAAGCAGUGGCUGUGUUUGAACUGCCAGAUGCAAAGAGCUCAGGUUGAAGCUAACAAAGUACCUCUCCCAGCAUCACAGCAGAAAAAGACACUUGGCUCAACAGCCACAGAAAAGGAUCAGACAUUUUCUGCAGCUGUGACACCAGGGUCUAAAAAGCCAAGUGCAGUUCCACCAACACAGAAGUCCCCUCAGCAGCAGGAUAAUAUUAUAUCUGCAAAAUCUACACCAACGAAGACUGGGUCCAACAAAGAAGAGGCUGGCUUUUUUGGUUUUGGACGUUCUAGGUCACCAUCUCCCCAACCUGUUGUUUCCAAUGUUUCUGGAAAGGUCCUAGGCUUUGGUUCUUCUCUACUGAGUUCAGCAACCAAUCUUAUCUCCACUGCUGUGCAAGAUGAAUCCUCCACAACACGACUAGCCACUCAGGAGAUGUCAACAGCUUCUCAAACUUCUGUGAAGACUACAUUAGCACCAUCUACUUCUGAGAAAAGAUCUGCUGAUUUGCCACAUAUACAGGGUGUGAAUUCUGAGAAACAGAAAGAAAAGAAGCCAGAGAUGAUGAUAGUUCAGGGAAAUGUUUUACCAAAAGAGGAUGAGCAGAAAUCAGAGCCUCCAAAAACCUGUCCACUUUGUAAGGCAGACAUAUUUAAAAAUCCUCCAAAUUACUACACCUGUACCUCUUGCAAGAGCACUGUCUGCAAUCUUUGCGGAUUCAACCCAAUGCCACAUCAAACUGAGGCAAGUGAAUGGUUGUGUUUGAACUGCCAGAUGCAAAGAGCUCCCGAACCUCCCCACUUGCAGGCUGGGCCUCAGGCAACCAAAAUACCUACACCUGCAUUACCACAAAAACAAGCCCCUCCAAUUCCUUCACAGGGUAAGCCAGGUGUUCUAACAGAAAACCAGAAUCUGGCUGCCUCUGGGAAACAAGAAGGCAAGUCCAAUCUGUCAGAUUCCAAACCACCUUUAAUUGCUUCUAACAAAUUAGAGACCCAAAUGUAUAAAACAGAUGCCAAAUCUGAUCAGCCAUCUAAUCCUUCUAAAGAGGAUUCUCGUCGUUCAAGGUCACCAUCUCCCCAGCCAGCUGUGUCUGCUGUUUCUGAUAAGGUUCUAGGUUUUGGUUCCUCCUUCCUCAGCUCUGCUCAGAGUCUAAUAUCCUCAGCUGUCCAGGAUGAAACUUCGAAAACUCCACCAACAUCUCGCAAGGGAUCUACUUGCUCCCAGACAUCGAAUAAGAUCAUGCCAACACCACCAACCUCUCGAAAAGGAUCAGUAACUACUCAGGACUUAAAACCAGAAUCAAAGACGGCCUCGCCAACAAACACAGUUACAAACCUAAUCUCAGCUGAGAAAACAUCAGAUCCUCAAACAGUUAAACCACCACAAGCACCAGUGAAAGAGGAACCUUUGAAAAAUUGCCCACUCUGUAAAGAGAACCUUAAGGAGAAUCCACAAAACUAUAACUCUUGCACUUCUUGCAAAAGCAAAUUUUGUAAUUUGUGUGGAUUUAAUCCCAAUCCACAUCAAACUGAGGUGAAGGAGUGGCUAUGUUUGACUUGCCAGAUGCAGAAAAUGCCAGGGCCUCCCCCAUGUAAUCCUCAACCACAGUCUGACAAAAUUCCUCCACCAGCAUCUCCACAUAAGAAAGAUUCUCAAUUUCCACCCUCUCCAGAGAAGAGUGCAAAUGUUCUUGCUGAGAAGGAUAAGAAACCCCCGGUGUCAACCAAAAAACCCACAAUGGCUCCAACAUCUCCAAAAGUUCAAAUGUCUAAAGGUGAUGCUUCUCCUUCCAAAUCUGCUCCACCACCCAAAGGUGUACAAACCAAAGAAGAGUCAAGUUUCUUUGGCUUUGGUUUUGGUGGUGCUCGAUCUCGGUCUCCUUCUCCUCAACCUGCUGUUUCUGAGAAAGUUUUAGGUUUUGGGUCCUCCUUCCUCAGCUCAGCAUCUAAUCUGAUUUCCUCGGCUGUUCAAGAUGAGUCAUCCAUCAAAACUCCAGAAACAUCUAGAAAGGGUUCUACAGUUUCCCAGACUUCAGAGAAGCACGUGUUAACACCACCUACUUCUAGAAAAGUGUCAUUAGCUCCCCAGGACUCUAAACAAAAAGCUCCUGCAGGAGAAUCAAAGCCACUUACAGCACCACCUCAAGAACAAAACAGGCCAGUGGAGAAAACCAUAGAUCCUCAGUUGGCCAAACUUCCACAUGCUUCAUAUGAGCCUCCAAAAGCCUGUCCACUCUGCAAAGAAGUCCUCAAGAAUGACCCAAAGAACUACAGCUCCUGCACUUCCUGCAAAAUAAUUGUUUGCAAUCUAUGUGGAUUCAAUCCACAUCAAACUGAGGUAGAAGAGUGGCUAUGUUUGACCUGCCAAAUACAGAAAGUGUCAGAGCCUCCCCCUGCUCAGCAUCCACCACAAUCUAACAAGCCCCCUCCAGCAUCUCCACAAAAGAAAGAAACUCCAAUUCCACCUUCUGAAAAGAAUCCAAGUGUUCAUACAGAGCAGGACAAGAAACCUUCAUCAGAGACCAAAACACCCAUGCUUACUCAAACAACGGCAAAUGCUGAGAAGUCUAAUAGUGAUGUGUCUCCUUUUAAAUCAGGUGCACCACCUAAAGGUGAACAGAUUAAGGAAGAGUCAGGUUUCUUUGGCUUUGGUUUUGGUGGGGCUCGAUCUCGGUCUCCUUCUCCUCAAUCUACUGUCUCUGGGAAAGUUUUAGGUUUUGGGUCCUCCUUCCUCAGCUCAGCAUCUAAUCUGAUCUCUUCAGCUGUUCAGGAGGAUUCAUCCACCAAAACACCACCAAAUUCUCGUAAGGGAUCCACUGUCUCCCAGAGUUCUGUUAAGACAACCCCAACACCACCUAUUUCAAGAAAAGGUUCAGAAGCUUUACAAACCUCACAAAAAAUUACACAUACAGAAGAGGCCAAGCGUACUGCUGCACAGAAACCAGAUGAAAAGAAAAUGCAGGAAAUCACAGAUGAAACAAAAUCACAAGAUGAAAUGCCCAAGGUACCAGUCGCUGAUGUGAAAAGCAUCAAAUCAGUCCCAGAGCCAUUGAAAGCCUGUCCUAUCUGCAAGGUGGACUUAAAGAGCGAUCCACAAAAUUACAAUACUUGCUCUGAUUGCAAGAAUACUGUCUGCAAUUGUUGUGGAUUUAAUCCCAUGCCACAUCAAACAGAGGUCAAGGAAUGGCUAUGUUUAAACUGCCAGAUGAAGAGAGCUCCAGUAUCUACUUCUGCCGAACCAGGGCCAUUAGUUAACAAAGAACCACCACCAACAAUUCAGCAAAAGAAGGAGGCUCCCAUUCCUACUCCAGUUCCUGUUUCUUCCCAAGGGAAACUGAAUGUCAUUGAGAAAGACAAGACAAUAGCUGCUGGAGAUAAUCCAGGACAAAAAUCUUCUCAACAUACCACUACAGUUACAACAAAACCCACUGAAAUGGCACAACGUGAUGCAUCUCCUACAAUAUCUGCUGUACCAAAAAAACAUAAACCUUCCAAUGAAGAAUCAGGUUUGUUUAGCCUUGGUUUUGGUGGCCCUCGAUCUGGGUCACCUCAGCCUUCUGUGACUGCUGUUUCAGGGAAGGUUUUUGGCUUUGGAUCCUCCAUCUUGAACUCUGCAUCCAGUCUAAUCUCCUCGGCUGUUCAAGAUGAGUCCUCAACAACUCCUCCAAGUUCCCGUAAAGCUUCCACAAUUUCUGAAACUUCGGUCAAGACUACAACACCACCAGCUUCUCGUAGGGACUCUAUAGUUUCCCAAACUUCAGUUAAGACUACACCAACACCACCUGCCUCUCGCAAAGGAUCUUUUGCCCACCAGACCUCUCCAAAACUUCCACAUACUGAUGACUCAAAAAUAUCUGUAACAGACAAACCAAAGGAGGACAAACUAGCUGAAAAGGAAAUGCAACAGACUACAACAUCAGAAGCUUGGACAGCUACUAAAGCACCAACCAAAGCAUGUCCUCUUUGCAAAGUGGAUCUUAAUGUGGGUUCACAAGACAUUAGCAACUACAGUACCUGCACUGAGUGCAAGAACGUGGUCUGUAAUCUUUGUGGAUUCAACCCAACGCCCCAUCAGACAGAGGUUAACGAAUGGCUUUGCCUGAACUGUCAAACACAGCGGGCCUUAAAUGGAAUGGGACAACAAGGGCCUGCCAAAUUAAAGUCCAAUGAACAACCUGAAAAUGUCACUGUGUCAGCACCACCUCUAAUAACAGUGGCACCAUCAUUAGUUUCAACCAAAGUAGCUCCUGAUGUUAUUGAAACCCAAAAGAAAGAUGUUAAUCAAGUCCAGCCUGAGACAAAAAUACCUAAACAAAAUGAAGUUCAAGCUAAAAUCAUCAAUGAAAAAGGGACUCCUGUUUCAGAGGAUAUUCAGAAGGAACCAAGUUUAGCUUCCCCAAAACUGGUAGAGAGCAUCAUUAAUCCACAACCUGCAUCUUCUGAGAAAAAAGAAAUAUCAAAUCCAAAAGAACCAAAUAAAGAGAUAGAGCUUGAAAAGUCUUCUAGCAAAUCUAAUUCAGCUCCACAACCAGAACCUGCAAAACAGGAAUCAAGUUUCUUUGGAUUUGGGUUUGGUGGUCCUAAACCUCAACCUACUUCUAAGCCAUCUGAGUCUACCACUGGGAAGCGUUUUGGCUUUGGUGGUCUUACUGAAACGGCUAGAUCGCGCUCACCCUCACCACAAACUGUUUCUGCUGUCUCUGGAAAGGUGCUAGGCUUUGGAUCCUCAAUAUUUAGCUCAGCAUCUAAUCUGAUCUCAUCAGCUGUUCAGGAUGAGUCUUCCACCACACCACCAACUUCUCGAAAGGGUUCUGCUGUUUCACAGACAACAGUGAAAACUACACCACCCACUUCUCGCAAGGGAUCUACAAUAGCACCAGAUACUAUAGUUUCAUCAGUGGGAGAAAUCAAACCACAAGCAGCACAAAAGCAUGAUGAGGGAAAACCAGAAAUUAAGCCAGUCUCAGCACCCCAAUUACCUCAAAAGCCUGUUCAAAAGAGCUGUCCGCUAUGCAAAGUGGAACUUAACCUUGGUUCAAAAGAUGCCAAGAAUUUGAACAUGUGCACUGAAUGCAAGGUUACUGUGUGCAGCCAAUGUGGAUUUAAUCCAAUGCCUCAUCAAACAGAGGUUAAGGAGUGGCUCUGCUUGAAUUGCCAGGUAAAGCGAGCACAGACAGGAACAAACACAUCUGAAAAUACACAGUCGUUUCCCUUAGUGAAGGACUACCAAACUCCAUCCAAAAUUGACAAAGUACCUACAGUUGAGCCUAAUCCUGAUGAGCAGUCCAACACUGCAGCUGCCGAAAAGAAAGUGUCUCCUACUAAAAAUAUAAAUGAAGAUGUAUUAGUUCCAGGCCCACAACAAGAGUCAUUUCCAGAUGCUAAUGCAACUCAAUCAGUUAUAUCAAAUAAAGAACUGCCUAAGAAAAACAAUCCACAGCCAGAGCCUGCAGAAACACCACCACUUGCGACCAAGGAUACACCCUCUCCCGCAAAAUCUGCUCCAUGUCCACAAACAGAACCCCCAAAACAGGAAUCAAGUUUCUUCGGGUUUGGAUUAGGUGGUUCUAAACCAUCUGAAUCAACCACUGGGAAGUUCUUCGGUUUUGGUGGCCUGACUGAAACAGCUAGAUCUCGAUCACCUUCCCCACAGUCUGUUUCUGCUGUCUCUGGGAAAGUCCUCGGUUUUGGAUCCUCAUUAUUUAGCUCAGCAUCUACUCUGAUCUCCUCAGCAGGUCAGGAUGACUCUUCAAAAACUCCACCAACUUCUCGAAAAGGCUCCAGUGAGUCUUCACCAACACCAACUGCCCGCAAAGGCUCUGUGACUUCUCAAAGUUCCACCAAGGGUACACCCCCAACAUCUCGCAAGGGAUCUGUUGCAACACAAGACUACAAUAAGACAUCUCCUCCAAAAGAGAUCAAAGUGCCCAUUGAAAAGAAUCCAGAGGAGAAGAAACCAGAGAAGCUCGAUAAAGCCAAAGUAUCAAAUUUGACUGAGGAAAAUGAUAAACCUGAAACAAAGCAAGAUAAAAUAAUAAAACAUUUUGAAAAUAAAACUCAGUUAGCUGCAUCCAUUUGCCCAUUGUGUAACAUAAAGCUUAACAUGGGCACAAAGGAUCCACCAAAUUACAACUCCUGCACUGAAUGCAAGAUUGUAGUAUGUCAGCUUUGUGGAUUUAACCCCAUGCCCCACCUUGCAGAGGCUGAGUGGCUGUGUUUGAAUUGUCAAACACAGAGGGCUCUAGCUGGGCAGCUGGAAGACUUGGCAUCCACAAUAACCAAGCCAACAGUCACCCCAAAAACAGAGUUGGUCAAGACCCCUGUGACUGCACCUGCUCCACAACCAUCACCUGAUAAACAAGUAGAGCAGAUGCAAACUGCUCCUACAUCUGCAGCCGAAGUGAUGAUUUCUUCUGUCCCCGCACCUUCUGUGGCUUCAAUCACAAAUGUUGCUUCUACAAUCAAUCAGCAGUCUAUACUUGCUCCAGUCCCUAUUGCCGAUAUCAAAGUGAAGGUGGAUACAGCUCUCAAGAGUAUGUUACUGCCGGCCACAGCUGUAGAGGAAAGAAAUGGGAUGGCACCAAUACAAACUGCAGAGUCUCAGAAAUCUGUUAGUAGUGGUGCUGAAGUCAUUUUAAAAGAAACAGGCAAAAACAUUGAAGCCCCUGGUGAGAAACAACCUGUGCCAGGAUCAGUUUUGAUACAUUCACCAUUGCCAACUGGGACAGAUAAAGAAAAGGUAAAAGAUAUUACAGAAACUACUGCAGUUCUCAUUGAUGAACAAAAGGACAGUGUUGUGAUACAAAUGGAUACCAGUCUUCCUAAAAUUUCUGAAAUAGCUGAAGUAGAGACCUUAAAAGUUGUUGAUAUUAAAGACCAAGAGGGACAAGACAUCUUAUCAGUUUCAGCAGAAUCAUAUAGCUCGGCUGAAGAGGAGCUCAAGGAAAUACAGAGAGUUGGUGAAAUAUCCAUUAAAGAAACAGAUACAAAACUGUUGCCUGCCAAAUCACCUGAUACCAUAAAACAAUACAAUGAAGACAGCAGUGGAAGUGAAUCUUCCCCUCAGAUACAGCGACGAAGAGUAAGGCCUGCUUCCUCCAGCAGUGAGGAAUACAUUAAUUCUGGAGAUGAUGAAGAAUUCAUCCGAAGACAACUUAUGCACAUGGGUGAAGAUAAGAGCUUCGUACUAUCUGAUGAGGAAAACCAAAUCAUAGAAGAUGUAAGUGAGAAAGUACUACAAACUCAGCAAGAAACCAGAGAGGUUAAACAUGGAGAUGAAAAGAAGCCAAAACGUGUAUUAAAGAAGCUCUCUGUAGAGCCUGAGGAGUGGUCUGAUAAUAGUCUUUAUUCAUAUGUCCAAGAGAAUCAGUUUGCUCAGGUCAUCCCUAUCUUAGAAGCAUUAGAAGAAACCAGAGUGGAAAUAGAUGUUUCAGAUGACAAUGAAAAGAUACCAUCGGCUGACUUUGAUGCCACAGCAGCUGCCAAUGUGCAAAAAUCUCCCAUUAGACAGAUUACAGAGGACUAUGAGAGUUUAAUUGAAGACUCCUCUAAAGGCAAUGGGUCUUCUAGUGUGCAGGUGUCCAGCAUCACACCAGGAACAGCUUCUCCUACUUCCGUGUCCUCUAUUGAUGAAGACAGUGAUAGUAGCCCAAGUCAUAAAAAGGCAAGAGCAGAGAGUAAGCAACAAAGAAGGCCAAAACACAGACCACAGGGCCAGGCUCCUCCAACCGUAGAGGACUCAUCUGAGGAUGAUAAGGUACGUGAGAAAAAUUAUCAGCUAAUGGAGGAGGCUGGAGAUGUUGUUCAGCAGCAGUUAAGAAAGGUCACAAAAAAAUCUAAGACUGAAAGAGUUGAUGGAGCUGUACAAAGACGACGUGAUCAUUUGACCAAAACUGAUAAGUUACAACAUGUGUCAGGGAUGAGCGAACACAAGUCUUCAUCUUUCUCUGACCUUUCACCGAGUUUUGAAUCUGAACCAGAGAGUGACCAAUGGGAAUAUAGAACAUUAUCAUCGGAAACACAUGAGAGGCAUGAUGUUGGAAAAAAGCCAUUAAAAAGUGCAGAAGAGGCAUAUGAGGACAUGAUGCAGAAAGCACAGGAAAAUAAAACAUUAGAGAAAUGUACACCUCCUGAUAUUGAACCACUAUAUGGGGGUAUGUUGAUAGAGGACUAUGCUUAUGAUACUUUAGUUGAGGAACAUGAACAGACGGUGCCAGCUAUUUGUACAGUCACUCAGGAUCAAGACUUAAGAAAAGUAUCUGAGUCUGUAAGAAUACUUAUGGCACCAGAAGAGGCUUAUGAGGAGAUGAUGCAGAAAAGUAGAGACAUCUUUCAAAAAGAACAGGAAGCUAAGCAAGUGGAAGAAACAGAACUUUCAACAUUCUUGCCACUUGAUGUCAGUGAUACUUGUUAUGUAAAUAUUUCUGGAAUUGAUGCACUUACCACAGAUUCAACUGAAAAGCCACUGUUGCAAGCAGAGGAUGCCUAUGAUGAUCUGUUGAACAAACAAAAAGAUGUUUUAACACCAGGAACAAGUCCAACCCAAUCAUCACCCAUAUCUCCAGCCUCCCCUCUAUCUGUAUCUGAGUCAUCAUAUGAAUCUCCUGAGGUGAUAUUUAUCCCCUCAAGUGGGGAAGAAGAUGUUGCAGAUGAACCUAUUGAAUGCAUUUUGGAGCCUUACAUUACAGAAUCAACUCAAGAUGUAUCUGAAAUGAAAGCUUUAUAUCCCAUUCCUGACCUAAAAAUCACUCAGUGCUCCUCUGGCGAAGAGGAAGUCGAUGAGGAAGACAGUUUUAAACAAGAAAUAAUAUCUGAGCCCACUGAUGACACGCUAAAAGAAGCUGGUGAAAUUGCAGAACCAGAAGCUUCAGAAGAAUCAUUUCAGGGUGAUUCCAUUUCUAUAAUUUGUGAAAUUCCUUCACCAAAACAUGAGGCAGCUGAAACUCUUCCAGUUUGUGAUUCAAGAAUAUCUCCACUAUCUCCACCAACAUCUCCAGGUGUUUCAUCCCCAGAUUCAUAUAUAGAGUCAACAAUAGCACCACCAUCCUCUCCAAGUUCUGGCCAGACACCUGAACCAACUACUCCAGCAAGCCCCAGUAUUGUUGAAAUCUCUUCUCCAGUUGUAAUUCAUAUGCCAGACGUUUCUGAGCAAGACACAUCACCUGAAACUGUUUCCCUUGUUUCCUCCACACAACUGAUUGUAUCCCCUUUGCCAGUCACUUCAACCCCACCUUGUGUCUCAGAAAUUGCUGCAACUCCCGAGGAUCCUGUUUCAAAGAGAAUACUAGGUCCAAAACCAAUCCCUGCUCCCAAACCUAAAAAAACUAUCCAGGAAACAAUCCAAAAUAAGACUUAUGAUUUAGCUUCUCAAGAAUUAGAUGAAAAAGCCUGGACUAUUGACAUGUUUGAACCAACUCCAGAUUCAAAAUCAGCCACUAUAGAGAAACAAAAAGUUGCACCAGCGACUGAUUCACAGUUAGAACAAAACAAAACUCUAAUUUCAAGCCAUAGUACAGUUACAGUAUCUGUAGCAGCUCCAUCUGAACCUGCUUUUUUUAUAACUACUACUGCUGCUACAUCUAUUAUACAAUCACAAGAGACACAUUUUAUACAAACUUCUGUUGUUGCUCAAAUGCCAACCCAGGUUACAGCUUCAUCUCAGUCGCCACAUCCUGCAGCGUGUCAAGAACGUUCUCUAGCCUAUGCCCCAGUUUCAGCUACAGUCUCGGCAGUAGAUCAAGUUGCAAUUUCUGUCCCCUCAAUAGCAUCAGCAUCAGUACCAGGAAUGGUUGUUUCUAUGGCACGAACCAGCUGUGUUCAAACACCUGAUCAGAAUUCAAAGGAAAGCAAAUCAGAAUCAGCACCCCCACCAGGAAAAGCCCCACCUAUUUCACCCCUGGCAGGUCAUAUAGAGCCUAUUGCUGCAAAGACAGUCUCUAUUGUUUCUCCUACUAGUACAACAACUAUUGCUUUUGGAGCCUCACUCUCAGAACCAGUUUCCACCAAUUUUAGAUCUUCAGCCAGUGGUUGUGGAAAUUCAGCAGAAGCAUGUCCAGAUGAUGCAUCAGCUACAGUUUUUCAAUUACAACCAGUUUCACAAAUCAUUUCUCCUGCUGUGCAGACACAGCAAGGUAAAGUUGUAGUUGUAUUGCCAAAUUUUGAAAAUGUGUCCACAAUUAACCAGACGGCUCAAGAUGUCAUUGUUAACUCAAAAGAAGUUAAAACAACUACUGGUGAUGGUAGAGGGCACCCUGUAAUUGUAAGUGUUUCUCCUUUAACAUGUACAGCCAUUGCUCCACCUUCAUCUGGUGCUAUACUGGCAACUGCUUCUGUCACUGAUUCAACAGUUCCACUUACUGUGAAGAAACCUACUGUAAUUGCUGUCUCUCAAGAAAGAACUGAUAAACCAGUCAUUGAAUUCCCACCUCCACCUACAGUUUCCCCACCAGAAUUGCCCUUUAGCACUGUACCCAAAUUAGAUUUGAACCAGCUAAAGACUGUUUGCACUUCUUCAUCGGUUACAGCAACUCUGCCUGAAUCCCCACAAACUGUGACCCCAACACACAAAUCCCCACCUCCUGUUCCACCCAAACCAGUCUGUAUUCCACCAGGAUUGGUAUUUAAUCACAGAGCAAGAGAGAGUGUAAAACCACCAACUAGCCCUGAACCAGUAAUUGUUCAUGCAGUUCGUGCUGCAACUUUACCAAGAACAAAAGAACCCCCAAAUGCACUGUCAUUAAGUUUGACUGCCCCUGUUAAUUGUAAGCAUAGUUCUUCAUCACCAAAAUCACCUAUGUCGCCUAGAUUUGCCAGAACUUUGGAAACAUAUGUGGUGAUAACAUUACCCUCAGAACCAGGGUCACCUGUGGAGAGCAUUACAACCCAAGCCCCAACGCGAAGAUCAUCACUACCAACUCCCAGGCAGCAGGUUCCUGGUGAUGCUCCACAAAUGUUUGCUCCAGCUGUAGUGGAUGCACCUGUGACAGCACUUUCUGAGCAAAUCAUUGCAGCCCCACCAGAAGUAACCUUAGUGCCCCCUACAGCAGCUAAACCAAUUGCACAAAAUAUAUUAGCACCUUGUAUAACUGUUCCAGCGGCACCAGUUUCUGGUCUACAAACAGUGUUUUCAGAACCGUUUGAAGUGGUAUCAAGAAGUGUAGCACAAACAAUGACGGUUCCACGUGUCACAGUAGAGAAUAAAAUGCAGUCUACAUCUGCACUGUUUACAACAACAUAUGAUUCCACAAUUGCUCAACCUGCAAUGAUUUCAGCACCAGUUGUAACCCCCCCACCUCCAAUGUUUUCUGCACCAGUUUCAAUUGCUCCUCCUGAAAUGGUGUUCGCACCAGCUGAAAUUGCUCCCCCUGCAAUGGUUUCAACAUCAGUUGACAUUGCUACACCUGCAAUGGUUUCAGCAUCAACUGUUGCAGCAGCACCACAUGUUCCCAUGGAACCAACAGCAUUUUCAGCACCAGCAUACACUGCGCCUACUAUGGUUUCCCAAUUUCCAGCUGCUUCAGCAUCAGUGGUGCUUACAACAAAACCAUCUAAGGAGGUAAUGGUAGCUCCACUGUCUGAACCAUUUGCACAGUAUGCAAUGAAGGAAGUACGUCAGGAACCUGAAAUACAACAUAUGCAGACAACAUAUUCUGCACCAAUAACAAUAACCCAGAUUCCAAUUCCAACUCAAAAUAAAGGCAUGGAUGUAGAGGAAGUAUUAAUCAUCUCAGCUGCAGAAGAUGCAUUAAAUGGGCUGGGUUCAAUAACACAAUUCCAAGAACAGCAUAAAGUAUAUGAGCAAAAACAAGAACCCCAAGCAUUGUAUAGUGCAGCUGCUGUGACAUCAAUACCAGCCACAUUUUCCCAAUUUUCAAAAUCAAUUGAGAGUCAAGAAAUAUGUGGACAAGAAAAAGUUGUAUCAAGCAUGAGCCAAGUCUAUUCUGCAGUCUCAAAAACUGAGCAGCAUCCUGAGAAAUUGCCUAAACUUGUAACUCAAGUGGUCACUACUGAAGUGCAAAGAACUACAACUGUGUCCGUUGUUCAGGAGAGGAUACCGAUUGAGCCCAUACCUGAACCUAUGAGUGCUCCAGUAGUAAUUCAACCAGAAGUCCACCCUAAACCCAAACAGAAUGAAAGAGUACACUACCCUAGUGAUGUUAUAGAUCUUACAAAAUUUAAAGUCAAUGUUACAAUGACUGAUCAAGGAAUGGAUCUCACUGCGCCAGAUUUAAGUAAGUCAUCAUUGUCAAGUGAAUCAAGUGACAAGCGACAGGCUACUGCUGUACAGCCAGAAAUUGUGAAUCUUAGUGCUGAAAUUAUUCCUACUACAACACUCUCUUUUGUAACUGAUAGCAUAACAAUUGUCACUUGCUCAGCUACAAUUGCCUACACUAACAAUAGCAUAGUAGAGAAGCCUUUGGACCUUGGAAAUGCUACGUCAGUACCUCUUCCACUUACCACAUACAGCCCAUUUGUGCCACUUGCACAGAUAGUGUAUAGACCUGUAAAUUCACAACCUAAACCCAUAACCUGUGCAGAGAUCCCUGUUAACCUGUCAUACAGAGCUGCAGGCACAACCCCUCCUCUAUUGCCUGUUACAGUAGCCCCCAGUUUCACAAAUGGCACUGUUGGUAUACCAAUGCAUUUAGAGCCAUCAGCAACUGGACCUGUAGACCUUACCACUUCUAAGCCAUUGAGAACCAUGGUUGCAUUGUCAUCCUCUUCUGGGGUGGUCACAACUGUUGUGGAGGAUAAUGGUACGCCAGUGGAUCUUACAUCAGGAAGACAAACUGUUUGCUGUGAUGUCAUUUACAAGCUUCCUUUCACAGGGAGCUGCAGAACACAGCCACCAGUGAUCACACAUCCAGACAACCAGUCUGAUUUUAGAGAAGAUCAGUAUCAUAAUGCCACAACACCUGUCAUUGAAGAUCUCAGUACCAUGAAAGUGUCAGUAUCAGACAGUAACUUCAAAGAGACUGAACUCAUUGAUUAUACAAGAAAGAAUGGAUUCACCUAUAAGAAUGGGGCAUCUGAAGGGGCUGUUGAUUUGACAUCAUCCAAACUGUCAUCAGAUGAAGCUUUAGACUAUUCAAAGAAAGGCACUUUGGCAUUUGCUGGGAUCACAGCUGCUCCACUUUCUGAAGGAACCUCAUUUGGCAUGAAUAGUUUGCUAAGAUCUUCAAAUGGCAUUGUUUAUUCAUCAGUUGGUGCCCCUGUGCCAUCCACAUAUGCCGUUACUACCCAGCCAGGUUCAAUAUUUAGCACAACGUACAAUAGUCAAAAUCAGCAUACUCCAUAUGACUUUAUUCAUACCACAGGCACAGACCAAUCAAUAUUUCCACAAUUUGAUAUAUCAAAGGAUAGUCUACCUUCUGCAUUGGCCAGUCUCCUUCCUUCACUGACAGUCUUUCCUGAGCUCUACUCUGAUGCUACCCUUGAGGCAAUAGCAGCCUCUCUAGAUACGUUGGUAUCUCCAAAUUUUCCUGAUUUGGAUGACAGCAAGAGCCAGCAGUACAAGGCUGAACAUGAGUUUUUACAAUUGGAAAAGUUAAAGCAGCUGUGUCUUGCUGAGGAGCUUGAAUGGGAAAGACAAGAAAUACAGCGCUACCGUGAGCAAGAACAAUUCAUUGUUCAGAAAGAGCUCGAAGAGCUUCAGAACAUGAAGCAACACCUACUAAUGCAUCAAGAAGAGGAACGAAAAGCCCAUAUAAUUCUUCAACAAGAAACCUUUGCACAGCAGCAAGUUCAGUUGGAGCAAAUCCAUAGACUACAGCAACAACUCCAGCAACAACUAGAAGAGCAAAAGGUAUAUCCAUAUGGGUUUGGACCAAAUGAAGGGAAAUCCCCGCCUACCAGCUCAGACAUUAUACUUGAGUCUAAAUAUUCUGGUGAAGAUAAUGGACAGUACUUGCCAGUAAAGGAUGAAAACUCCAUGUCUUCUGCAGUAACAGUUAAUGACACUACACUGGGUCAUAACUGGCCAACAACCACUUCUGGUGCUUUUACUCAGUAUGAUUCAAACAUUCCAAUGUCAGUGAGUGCUCAGACAAAAGAGCAAAUGCAGAUUUCUACAAACCUGCCUGAUACAGCAAAGCAACAUCAAAAUGUAGAUUUUAAUGAGAAGAAAUUUAUUGAAAGUGGUGUUCAAACAGAUGAUGAAGAUGGUGUUGAGAGGAUUCCUCCUGGUAGAAGAAGAAGAUGUAAGAGAAGUACAGACAGCUGUGCGCAAACUGAUGAUGAGGAUCAGGAUGAAUGGGACGUCCCUGUUCGGAGCAGACGCAGGUCUCGUUCUAGUAGAUAUGCUGAUGGAGAGAAGGGUAAAAGCUCUAAGGUGUCAAGUAUUGCAAUUCAGACUGUAGCAGAGAUUUCAGUUCAAACAGAACAUUCAGGGACUAUUAGGAGAUCUCCUGUUCGGGCUCAGGUGGACACCAAAGUCAAUUUUCACAGGGAUGGCCAAACCGAAAGUGACUCAGAUAUUACAUCUGACAAAGACAAAAGACGUUCAGUUUCCACCGAGACAAGUGUUAGCACACACCUAAUUGCUGAUAAUGUUGGAGUUACCAAAUCUCCAAAGGUAUUAUGCUCCCCACAUUCUCCAGUGUCCCCUGGGAAAAGUGCACAGAAAAUGCUUACUGCUGAAUCGUCAAAACAUCUGAGUAGCCCAAGAUCAUUACAGACUUCACAGCGAUCUCUGUGUGACCCUAAGUCACACAGUUCAACGACAGAGGACAGAAUGAUGUACCACUACUCAGACACCUACUCAACCAAGAGUUCUCAGAGCGCUACUCCAGUUGGCUCUCAGAAAAAAGUUAAACGCACACUACCUCAUCCACCACCAGAAGAAGAUACCAUCAUCGGCCUCUCUGGCUACACCUCUGGUUCUGCCAGAAGGCGAAUGUGUAGAAACACCACUAUGGCACGGGCCAAAAUCCUGCAAGACAUAGACAAAGAGCUGGAUUUGGUGGAACGUGAGUCCUCAAAACUCCGUAAGAUACAGGCAGAACUUGAUGAGGAAGAGAAAGAGAUAGAUGCUAAAUUGAGAUAUCUGGAGAUGGGUAUAAAUCGAAGAAAAGAGGCUUUACUGAAAGAGAGAGAGAAGAGAGAGAGAGCCUACUUACAAGGUGUGGCAGAGGAGCGAGACUACAUGUCAGAUAGUGAGGUCAGCAACAUCAGAGAGGCACGAGGUAAUGGUCAUGGACUAGAGCGGCCACGGACUGCACCACAGUCUGAGUUAGAUCAGUUCAUCCCACCACAGAGUGAGGCUGAGUCUCAGUAUGCUUCACUUACAAGCCCAUAUUCCCAUUAUCAGUAUGCUUCCCAAAGCCAAACACCAGGUCAGUAUCCACAAAAGAAUUUAUACCAGCAGUCUCUUUAUCAUCAGCAGGUGUCCCCCUACCAAUCUAUCUACUCAUCUGUGCCCUCACUAAACCAGCAGUCCCAGCAGACUGGCUAUGACCAUUCCUCACUCCUUCUGAUGCAACAGAAGCCUCGUCAGACUACUUUGUCUGAUUUAGAGCCAAAGAUUACAACUAACUAUGAGGUUGUACGCAACCAGCCCAUCUUAAUUGUCCCUACGUCCACAGAGAGUGCCUAUGGAGUUUCCCAUCUUGGGGGUAAAUACAGUAACCUUGACCUAAGGAUGGGCCUUGAGGAGAGAGCCAGCAUGGCCAGCAGCCCCAUGUCUAGCAUAUCAGCUGAGUCUUUCUAUGCAGACCUGGAUCACCAUAAUGCCAGAAACUACGUCCUGAUUGAUGACAUCGGAGAACUUACGAAAGGAUCCUCAAGCCUUGGUUCAAGCUUCAGCAUUGCUGAUAAGGAUAUUGGCAAAGCUGAACGACUGCUCCGGACUGCUGAUGUUCGCCGAGCGGCAGAUGUGGCAGAUUUUCUUGGCCCUCUUCAGGCUGCAUCCCGACUGCAUUCAUAUGGUAAAGCAGAAGAUGAUUCCAUGGAGGAGCCAUAUGAAUUAAAGAUGCUAAAACAGCAAAUUAAGCACGAGUUUAGGCGAGGUACAGAAAGUCUCGAGCAGCUCGCAGGACUACCUCACUACCUCCACUCUGACACUAGCCUUAGACAUUUCCCCAAAGCUGAAAAAUAUAGCAUAGGGAGAUUAACUUUGGAGAAACAAGCUGCCAAACAACUCCCUGCAUCAGUUCUUUACCAGAAACAGCUGAAGAACAAAAAAGCAUUGAUUGACCCAAAAAUUAUAAAGUUUUCACCAAUUCAAGAAAGCAGGGACCUUGAGUUAGACUACAGCAACUUUUUGGCCUCUGCAAGCUCAUCAGUAGGUGGACUGUCUGCCAGAGCAAGGCUCCUGCAGGACGAGAUCACAUUUGGUCUUCGAAAGAACCUUGUUGAACAACAGAAAUAUCUGGGUUCAGCACUUGGUGCUAACCUUGCUCAGUCACUUAACUUUGGACAGUCUGUCCACCUAGGUCCAACCAUAAGGUCAUCCAUUCAUGAAGAUGGUACAUACCCCAGUGGCAAUCGGUCAAGGCCAUCCUCUAGGCCUUCUUCUGUAUAUGGACUGGACCUGUCUAUCAAAACAGACCUCUCAAAUUCCUCACUACGGCUGAAAACAGAAGGGGAGGGUAUGGACUCCCAGUUUGUUUCAGCAAGGGCUAAACCAACAAGUCUGCCGAUUAGUCAGAGCAGGGGUCGAAUUCCCAUUGUUGCACAAAAUUCUGAAGAGGAGAGUCCACUGAGCCCUGUUGGUCAGCCCAUGGGAAUGGCCAGGGCAUCUGCAGGCCCACUUCCACCUAUCUCAGCAGACUCACGGGACCAGUACGGCUCCAGUCAUUCUCUUCCAGAAGUCCAACAGCACAUGAGAGAGGAAUCCAGGACAAGUGGAUAUGAACGAGACAUUGGUUUUAUAAAGGAUGACCUUCAAGGGGCCAUGUCAGAUAGUGAAGCUGGAGGUCCUAGCUGGAAUGUGAAAGCAUACCACCUUCAGCAUGAAGAGACGGACUGGUUUGACAAACCUCGCCGUGGUGGACCAGAGGCAUUCCAGGGCCUGGACAGAAGACAGGUAAAAGGCAGUCAUUACCUUUUCCCACACACUCGCAUAAAACUACAGCGGGACCCCAAAGACCACACUGUCUCAGGGAGUGGGCUGGGAAUAAGAGUUGUGGGUGGGAAAGAGAUUCCAGGGACCAAUCGAGAGAUCGGAGCAUAUAUUGCCAGGGUUUCAGCAGGAGGAUCUGCAGAGCAGUCGGGAAAACUUGUUGAAGGAAUGCAAGUUCUGGAAUGGAAUGGGAUCUCUCUGUUGGGAAAAACAUAUGAGGAGGUGCAAAGCAUUGUGGGGCAACAGUGUGGAGAGACAGAAAUAUGUGUGCGCCUAGACCUAAACAUGCUGUCUGACAUCGAACAUCCUCAACAACUAGACCUCCAUACACAGCUGAAAGCUGGUGAACGUCAGCGGUCUCCAGGUGUUGACCCAAAGCAGCUGGCCGCAGAGCUGCAGAAGGUUUCCCAACAGCAGGCUCCGACCUCUGUGCUGUCUGCACUGGAGAGAGCGGCACACCUGCAUUCAGCCACAGGAUCUGGGGCCUCCAGUGGUGUUCCCAGCCCGGGACAACCGGGCUCCCCAUCCGUUAGCAAAAAGCGCCACAGCAGCAAGUCGUCAGAGGCCCUGAAGUCACAACCACAUCCAAUCACUGGUGAAAUACAACUUCAAAUCAACUAUGACAAGAAUAUGGGUAACUUGAUUGUUCAUGUGCUACAAGCAAGAAAUCUUGCACCUAGAGAAAACAACGGAUACACAGAUCCUUUUGUUAAAGUCUAUCUCCUGCCAGGGAGAGGCCAAGUCAUGGUUGUCCAGAACGCAAGUGCUGAAAACAAGAGGAGGACUAAAUAUAUCCAGAAGACUCAGAACCCGGAGUGGAACCAGACUGUCAUUUAUAAAAACAUCCAUCUGGAGCAGCUGAAGAAGAAAACUCUGGAGGUAACUGUGUGGGACUAUGACCGAUAUUCCUCAAAUGAUUUUCUGGGAGAAGUGCUCAUUGAUCUCUCCAACACAUCUCAACUGGAUAACACGCCUCGCUGGCACCCCCUAAAGGAGCAAAGUGAGAGUAUCCAGCAUGGACGAGCUCCCCCUCCACAAGGACCAGGAGGCUCUGGAGGCCUGGGAGGGCAGGGCGGCCCUGGAGGUCACGGGGGCCCUGGAGGACCAGGAGGUUCUGGAGGUCAAGGAGGGCAACCGGGGAACCAGGAAUCACCCAAAACCUCAGUCAUCAAGAGCCGAAGUCACGGCAUCUUCCCUGACCCUGCUAAAGACACACAGGUCUCUACCAUAGAAAAGUCUCACAGUAGUCCCGGUAGCUCUAAAUCCUCCUCCGAGGGUCACUUACGCUCCCACGGCCCUUCACGCAGUCAAAGUAAAGGCAGCAUAACCCAGGCUCAUCUGGAAGAGGCCGGGAACGCCAUCGCUGCGGCCGAGGCUGCCGUUCAUCAGGCUCGAUUCCAGCCAAACAAAACAAAUCACCGAAUGGCUGAUGGUGUUGAAUACACACUGGAGAGUGAGGACGGUACAGGUCCUAAUGCAUUGGACAGUGCCAUAUUUCAGGUUCCUCAGCUGAAAAACAUCCCUAACGGAACAGAUAAAUGCAGAGGACUUGAAUCUGUGAACCUGUCUGACUCGGAGGGUAAGAUGAUGGGUGAGAUUAAGGUGGCUUUGAAGAAGGAGAUGAAGACUGAAGGAGAACAGCUGGUUCUUGAGGUUCUGCAGUGCAGAAAUAUUACCUACAAGUUCAAAUCUCCAGACCAUCUACCUGACUUGUAUGUAAAACUCUAUGUGGUGAAUGUCGCAACUCAGAAGAAAAUCAUAAAGAAGAAGACGAGAGUGUGUCGUCAUGACAGAGAGCCAUCCUUCAACGAGACCUUUCGCUUUAACCUCAAUCCAGUUGGCCACUCUAUUCAGCUGUUCCUGGUAUCAAAUGGUGGAAAGUUCGUGAAGAAGACCCUGAUUGGUGAAGCCUACAUCUGGCUGGACAAAGUAGACAUGCGUAAGCGUGCCGUCAGCUGGCACAAACUGGUCGCCACCACCAAUCAAACGCAACCAUAAUCAGAACUCACCUGUCGCCCAUCAAAAUGAAACAAAGGUGGGUUUGUGAAUUUGGAAAGACUGACAGAUGUGUCUAGUCUGAACUGAAUCAUGUAUCCGGGUUCUCACAAAAGUGUAUUUAAGAUGAUUCACCAAACCAGUCGAAAAUGAUGAUAAAUGCAUAACGCUGUUAUGAUCUAUUUGAUCAUUUCUGCAGCAUCAUUCCUGUUGGUCCAUCGCAUACUGAAUCUACAAUAUCGUAGAUGUACGUCAUUUAUUACUUGAGAAUUUCAUUGCUGUUUCUAUCCCAUUUCCAAUGUUACGUCCCUAUAUGUGUAUUUGUCAGAAAAACAGCAUUAUUUAAAAGAUACACAGAGCAGAAUAUCUGACACAAUCAUUUGAUACAUAAUGAAAUGUACCAUAUGCACUGAAUUGAGAAAGUAAGACAAUCUUAAAUGCAAUGGGUCCCGCUGUCUUUGUUGAAUGCACCAGUUUGUUUUUGUCCUAAAUGCUGCAUUCAAAGUGAAUGUUUUAACGUCUGGUUCUUUCGACUGACUACAUUUGGAGAGGAUGUAACUGAUGAAUAUCAUUCGAUAACAAUAGCAUGGACGAUAAAAGAGGCCGUAUUUUGUGUUUAGCAUCUCGAGCCCUCGAAAUGUGUGAUGUAUGUCCACAAUGUGUUCGUUUCAAGCAGCAUUUUGAAGUAAAUGUCAUGUCAUGUCGGUGGUCCAAUGUCAUCAUCAAUAGUCUCUGUUAUGUGUGGAAUACAAAUAUGCAAUGAGAAAAAAUAAAAAUUAAUGUACAUUUGAGAAAUUGAGUCCUAUUCGGCACUGACACGAUAGGUCGAAAUCCGGAUGUAACGUUCGUGUUUAUUUUGGUGCAAGUGUCUGUCCUCUGUCAUGUGUCACUGUUUCAUAGUGGUGCACAAAAAUGUUUCAUCCGCUGUAAAGUUUGAUCCGUUCAGUCAUAAAGGAUAACUCGGUUAUCUCAUUAUUUCAACAUAAACACUGCCUCUUUAACCUCCACCAUAUCAGUGUAGAGUUACACAAUGUGCCAUUGAAAAAUAAAGGCAACCAUUUAUUGUCUGACUUAUUAAUAUCAGUGCACAUCUUACUUAUAACGUUUUGCAAAUCGAAUACACACAAGGUUUUCUUGUUUAAUCUUCACCUUGCACAGUCGUGCACGGAGGUAUCUAAAUAAAAGGUAAGAUAAACUAUUGUGUGCCAACCUGAUGUUUUAACCAAAUCCACUGGUUCAGUUUGGGUAAUCUAUGCAACAUGGAUUAUGUUCUUUGAAUGCAUAUACCUUAACAUAUAACAUAGAGAGUAUGAAUACAUGUAUAUGUUGAAAAAAAUGAAAUUAAGUAUAUUGUAUAGUGUUUAUUUUUAUUUAUUUUUUACUCCUCUUUUAUGGCACAGUAAAUAUUGAUCAUAUGCACUUUAGGUUGUUGUUUUCAUAUUGUAGAUUUCCAAAUACCAUUAUAAAUUGUGUUUUAUGUUUUAGUUUCACUGCUGCAUAAAAUAUUAAAAGUUUGGCAAUGUUCUGCAAAACAAUAAUAUAUAAUAAAAUAAAAUAAUACUUUAUAGUGCUCUACUGUUAAGGGCAUAAUUAUGAUGAUGGCCAAUUAUAAGUGUUUUCACCGAGAGCAUUAUAUUAUAUUAUAUUAUGAAAGAGUUUUUGUUGUUCCCUUUAUACAAGCACAUCUAUUAGACAGCUAUCUAAACUUCUAUUGCAGUUUAUUAUGACCCCAUUGUUUUUAGUUUUGGGAUGUGUGAAUGUGAUUUGGUUAUUUGUGUUGAUUUUGUAAAUGUAUAUAUUUUCUACAAGAUGUCUGAAUAAUAUUAAUUUGGUCUGAGCAUGUGAUUGUAAUCACGAGAUCAAACUCUGUCUGUACAUAUGUUGUAUUUGUUUAUAUGUGGAAGAAAGUAAUAACUCGAUUGGUGCAAACAAGUGUUCAAUCAACCCAUUUCAAUAUGUUUGUCAAAAUCAGCAACAUCUCUCAGAAUGCCAAGGUUUAAAAAAAAUAGCGAAAAAGACAAAAGAAAAAUUCCUUUCAAAUUGAAUGGUUGUCAAACAGUUUCUAUGUUUUUACAUAGAUGUUGCAUGUUUCGUUAGAUGUCUGUUGAUAUAUUUUGACUCCGGAUUGGGUUUAAAAAGAGAGAAAUUUUGAACACGUCAUCUGAAGUUGUAUGCGGACUGUAAAAAUGCUUGUAAUAUGAGUCUUGUUUUUCACUUCGUGUAAAAAAGAAAAAAAUUAAUGUUAUGGUUUUGUGGUUGUCCACAGGAUGUCAUGAAAUUAUGCAAAUUGUGCAGUAGAGGAAAAUAUUAUAUGAAGACUAAGAAAUAAAUAAAAACUUUAUCCCUGCGUCUAAAUAAUAAAGAAUAGAUUCUAUUUCAAA